GCCUCGGCCGAGCUCGUCGCUUUGUGUGCUCACGUGCCGCGUGCCAAUCGCCCGCAGUCGCCGCGCGCCAGAAGUGCCUAAUUAAAACCAGCCCAGAUUAGCGGCGGCUCGACGCGGAUUCGUGCUGAAGAGAGGCAGCAGGCGGCGGCCGAUCGUCUCAGACCUGGCCGGGGUCGGGGGCUGAGGUCGGGGGCCGUCCGGAGAGGCACCGUGACCCGCUCGGUAGCCCGGUCCGCCGCAGUUGUGUGUCACCGUCCGGCACCUCCAGAUGAGCCGGUAGUGGACCCUGCCGGCCGUCAGGUGUCCUCAGCAGCAAAGAACACCAGUCAGAACCCACCGCAGACGGCAGCCAGCCGCAGCUGCUGCAGCUUCCGGACAGCGGCGUCUGCUGAGGGAUCUCCUCCACACCCAGCGGAGGAGUCUGACGGACUCGGCUCACCUGCUAACGCCUCUGCUGACCGUCACAGUCCUUCACACCUGCCGGCGCAAUGAAGGAGAAGAGCAAGAACGCUGCGCGCAGCCGACGCGAGAAGGAGAACUCUGAGUUUGAGCAGCUGGGCCGUCUGCUGCCGCUGAGUUCAGCCAUCAGCAGCCAGCUUGACAAGGCGAGCAUCAUCCGGCAGACCAUCAGCUACCUGAAACUGCACAACAUGUACCCGAACGGUCUGGGUAUCGCCUGGGGCUCGCACGAGUCUGAGAGUCGCAUCAAAGAACUCGGCUCACUUCUCCUACAGACUCUGGAGGGGUUCAUCUUUAUCGUGGCCUCGGACGGCAAGGUCAUCUACAUCUCCGAGACGGCCUCCGUGCACCUGGGAUUGUCGCAGGUGGAGCUGACUGGUAACGUCAUAUACGAGUACAUCCACCCGGACGACCACGGCGAGAUGGCGGCCGUGCUGGGAAUGCAGCCGCAGUGCGUCCCCGUGGGACAGGAGACAGACUUCGAGCUGGAACGCAAUUUCAUUGUACGAAUGAAGUGCGUGCUGGCAAAGCGGAACGCCGGUCUCACCACGUCGGGAUACAAGGCGAUUCACUGCAGCGGCUACGCCAAGGUGAAGCUGAUGAGUCUGGACAGCGCGCCAUAUGGCAGCUGCUACCAGAUCUACGGUCUGGUGGCGGUGGGCCACUCGCUGCCCUCCUCGGCCAUCACCGAGAUCAAAAUGUACAGCAACACGUUCAUGUUCCGCGCCAGCCUCGACAUGAAGCUCAUCUUCCUGGACGCCAGAGUGCUGGCGCUCACGGGGUAUGAACCGCAGGAUCUCAUUGAGAAGACAAUCUACCACUAUAUCCACGCGCACGAUGUCCACAACAUGCAGCAUGCACACAGAACAUUGUUAUUCAAGGGCCAGGUGACGACCAAGUACUACCGGUUUCUGACCAAGGAUGGCGGCUGGAUCUGGCUCCAGAGCUACAUCACCAUCGUCCACAACAGCCGCUCCUCGCGGCCGCACUGCAUCGUCAGCGUCAACUACGUGCUCAGUGACGCGGAGCGGCCGCGCCAGCAGCUCGACAUCAGUCAGGUGGACGGUCUGCGGACGGCCUCCUCCACCAACGGCGAGCCGUGUCCGGAGCCGACUCCGGCUCCGGCACCGGCCCGCGGCCUCAGUCCGCCGUACCGGUCCCCAGCCGGCGCCUACUGCCCGCCGGUCACCUUCAGCGCCGAGUCGGCCACCCAGUACACCGGCUACGCCGACCCGGCCGGCUACGGCGCCGCGACCACCGCGAAGGCACCCGACCCGCGCUUCGUGCUGCACGCCGAUUUGGCCAAUUACGGGUACUCGGCGGCGGUGUGUAACGAGCCGGCGGCACCGGCGGCCCGGCAGCGUCCGCCGGCCGCCUUCCUCUCCGCCGGCUCAGUGAUCUGUGCGCGCGGCGAGGUGGAGGCGGCGGCGGCGGCGGCGGCGGCGGCGGCGGCGGCGCGGCCCGUCAGCGCCGGCUCGGCAGCCAGCGCCGGCAGCGCCGCCUCGGACGCGCUGGAGCUGGAGCUGCCGGUGACCGCGCCGGCCGCAGCACCGCACGGCUACACUGGCUACCCGGCGGCCGGCGGCUAUCAGGGCUACAUGUGCAGCUCUCCCUCGGCCGCCGAGUUGUACGGCUUCCAGGUGCGCUCCGGAGAGCUGCGGCAUGCGGCGCCGUUUGAGCGACUCGACCCGGCCUACGAGCGCGGCCCGGAGGCGUUCGAGCGGCCCUCUGAGAUGUACGAGAGGCCGGCAGAGAUGUAUGAGAGGCCGGCGGAGCUGUACGAACGGCCCGUGGACGGCUUUGACCGCAGCCAGGAGGUGUUUGGGUACGGUAAAACCGGCGGCGAGCUGCAGCAGAUGACCGAUCAGACGGCACUUAAUAAUAACCCACCCAAGGAGUACUGUCCCUACUCGCAGCCCGCCUAUACGAGUGUCAUCGUGGACGCACAACACUACGCCGCGCACAACCAGUACGUGCACUGACCGCGCCGAUAGUGACGUUAUAAUGACGUCACGUGUGCCGCGUUACCAUGUGUGCGCACGUGUGGACGCGGUCGCUGUGACGCCGCCCGUCAUUCUAGUCGCCGGCGCGCGGCGCGCCCUGUACGGGGUGUCGCCGCUCCGUCUGCCCCACCAAGUGCCUGGCACCCUGUCCAUUGCACGGUGUGUCACUGACCGUUACCAGCGGCUGUCCGGGCACAGACAUGUGAUGUUCUGUGCUGCCGCGCCGUGUGCCGCUGAGAGUUAGCGCUGCCCUGUCGCGCUGAGAUGAGCAGAGCGGGUCGGGUCGCGGACUGACCGGUGGCCGCACCCGAGGACCUCCGGCCGCAGCGGGCGGCACUGUGUGAUGUGAUUGUGAUGGCGGCCACCGAGCCGCCGCUGUUGUUUCCAGAUGUAUGUACCGACUGUUUGUGCCAGAUGCUAAUAAUGAAUCAAACGAUAUCCAUACACUCUA